CGACGGUCCUUCAUGGAGUCGAUGAGUCCCCGCAGGUCUCCGAGUUCGGAACGUAAACAUGGCCGGCUCCUGGUGGGAGCACACCGCCCAACUUAACGUCCGUAAAUGCGCAGACAUGCGGUUCACAGUUCACCCGAUGCAUGUCCCCCUGUGAUGUGUCAUUACCUGAGGUCAGUAGGACCUGUAGUGAGGACCUAGAGAGUCUAAGACCAGUUUCUUGAGAGUCCCUGGCAUCCCUGGUCUCCAGCCCGGUGUUCUGUCCGCUCUGUUUCUCAUUCUGAUUUAGCCUUAAAAAGGCCAGAGGACUAAUUUGUCUAUCUAUAAUGUUUUAGAAUACAACUCUCCAUCGCCUGCAGUCUGGCGUUGUAUUAGCCAUACCUAUCCUGUUCAAGUUUAAGUAAAGGUCAUCCACUGAAGAAAACUUAACGAUGAUCCUGCACUUUGCAUGGUCACGUUGAGGUGACAGGUCGUGGUCAAUGUGUGUCAAGUGGAUUAUUCUGGUUAUUUUACAACUGCACCGGUGGUCGCUCAGCACCGCAUUGAAGGUCAACGUGUGCUGUCCCUGAACGGGAACAAUGAUGGAAUAACAGCUGUACGACAUGAAGUGAAAUACUUCAUAUUGUCGUGAAUAAACAUCUCGUUCUGCCUGUUAACCCAGUUCUGACCUGGCCACGUGGUUAAUGACCAGAAUACUGUGAAUAUGAGACCCAACAUGCGUCCCAUGUCGUUCUAUACGCGUCUCUACAUUUCAUAUUAUGAUGCGGGUUGUAUGAUAUUAAAGCAAGCUCCAUUGUAUGGUUGUGCUGGUUGUUGAGCUACAACAUUACACAGUGAGGUGCUGGGCUGCACACAGGGCGGGCUGGAUGCUAUUAAGCUUUUGAAGGUGGGUUAAGGUAGGUUACGUCAGGUAAUGUAUAUAUUCCACAAGAUAUGAGAGUUUGCCGGUUUUAUUUCUUCCAGGCUCGGUGUUCCGUGUGUGUGUGUGUGUGUGUGUGUGUGUGUGUGUGUGUGUGUGUGUGUGUGUGUGUGUGUGUGUGUGUGUGUACGCGCGCGCGACCUUUCCCCUAGUUCCAUUCUGCGCAUGCAGAUCACGUGACGCGACCGACGACCUGCUGGGGGGAGGGAGAUGCUUCUGCUCCAAUGAGAAUGGAGAACUAUUAGAUCACAUUUUCUACGCAUACAGCAGCAUUAUAGAAUUUGCCACAAGCUUUUUGGGCGUACCUUUUUCGUAUUUUCCCGAAGGCUAUUUGGUGGAAGAGAUGCUCUUUACUGGCAUGGUGCAGAAUUUGCAUUGCUGAAAUUUUGUUUUGGGUUGGCAUUUCUCUAUAGCAGGUGCGGUGCAUGCGAAAACAAUGAUGGAUUUAUUUUAACUGACCCCCAGCAGCAGUAGCCCACCAUGGCAGAAGCUCAUCAGGCUGUGGCCUUCCAGUUCACGGUCACCCCGGAUGGGAUCGAUCUCCAGCUGUGCCAUGAAGCCCUGCGACAAAUCUACCUCUCUGGCCUCCACUCCUGGAAGAAGCGGUUCAUCCGCUUCAAGAACGGGGUGAUGACCGGCGUGUACCCGGGCAGCCCUGGGGGCUUCAUGGUGGUGGUGGGAGCCUACCUGUCCUACAACAAGUACAACCAGCUGGAUCCCUCCCAGGGCCUGGUGGCCAAGCUGGGGCAGCACAUACCUAUUGGCCGGUACCUGUCCUGUGACAACCAGAGGGCGGUGGGGGGCGUGCUGGUGGGCACGGGGCUGUGGGUCAGCAUCAUCUUCGUCAUGAGGAACGUCCUCAAGUGCCUGCUGUCGUGGCAUGGCUGGAUGUACGUCCAGCACGGUUCUGUGUCCUGGUCCGCCAAACUCUGGAUGGUGCUGGUGAAGGUGUUCUCUGGGAGGAAGCCCAUGCUGUACAGCUUCCAGAACUCUCUCCCUCGCCUCCCUGUGCCCCCCGUGAAGGACACCUGCAGAAGGUACCUGGAGUCCGCCCGGCCCCUCAUGGAUGAUGAGCAGUACGCAAGGAUGGAGGGCCUGGCCAAGGACUUCGAGAAGAACCUGGGCCCCAGGCUGCAGUGGUACCUCAAGCUCAAGUCCUGGUGGGCCUCCAACUAUGUCAGUGAUUGGUGGGAAGAGUACAUCUACCUGAGAGGGCGCGGGCCAAUCAUGGUCAACAGCAACUACUACGCCAUGGACUUCCUGUAUGUGUUCCCAACGUCGGUGCAAGCCGCCCGGGCCGGCAACGCCAUCCACUCCAUCAUGCUGUAUCGGAGGAAACUGGACCGGGCUCAGAUUAAACCAAUUUACUUGCUGGCCAACAAGGUGCCCCUGUGUUCUGCUCAGUGGGAGCGCAUGUUUAACACCACCCGCGUGCCCGGGGCCGAGACAGACGUCCUGCAGCACGUGAACGACAGUAAACACAUCGCUGUGUUCCACCGCGGCCGCUUCUACAAGGUGUGGGUCUUCUACGACGGACGACUGCUGUUGCCCCGGGAGAUUGAGCAGCAGAUGGACAGGAUCCUGAACGACCAAUCGGAGCCUGCCCCAGGAGAGGCGUUCCUGGCUGCACUGACUGCAGGAGCGAGAACCCCCUGGGCCAACGCCCGGGUCACCUACUUCAGCCGGGGGAAGAAUAAGCAGUCGCUGGACGCCAUCGAGAAGGCGGCCUUCUUCGUGACGUUGGACGACACGCAGCAGCGGUACGACGCCGGCAGCCCCGUGGCCUCCCUGACCAGCUACGCCAAGUCCCUGCUGCACGGCCAGUGCUUCGACCGGUGGUUUGAUAAGUCCUUCAACCUGAUCAUCUUCAAGAACGGCACCAUGGGUCUGAACGCAGAGCACUCCUGGGCUGAUGCUCCCAUCGUCGGACAUCUUUGGGAGCAUGUUCUCUCCAGUGAUCCCAAGAUGAGCUACACAGAGGAGGGCCACUGCUGUGGGGAGCCCCACCCUAACCUGCCGGGGCCACAGAGAAUGCAGUGGGAUAUUCCUGCUGAGUGUCAGGAGGUGAUCCAGAGCUCUCUGUCCGUUGCCCGGACGCUGGCUGAGGACGUGGACUCUCACAUCAUCCCCUUUAGUGACUUUGGGAAGGGCCUGAUCAAGAAGUGCCGCACCAGCCCCGACGCCUUCAUCCAGAUCGCCCUGCAGCUGGCUCACUUCAGGGACAAAGGGAAAUUCUGCCUGACCUACGAGGCGUCCAUGACCCGUCUGUUCCGUGAGGGCCGCACCGAGACGGUUCGCUCGUGCACCAACGAGACGUGCGCCUUCGUCCGCGCCAUGCUCCGCGACGAGACGAGAGAGGAGUGUCUGAAGCUACUGAAGGACGCAGCAGAGAAGCACCAGAGCUUGUACCGCCUGGCCAUGACCGGGAUGGGCAUCGACCGCCACCUCUUCUGCCUCUACGUGGUGUCCAAGUACCUCGGGGAGGAGUCCGCCUUCCUGAAGGAGGUGCUGUCCGAGCCAUGGAGGCUGUCCACCAGCCAGACCCCCCUGCAGCAGGUGGAACUGUUCGACCUCGUCAGACACCCGGAGUACGUGUCUUCUGGGGGAGGAUUCGGCCCAGUGGCUGACGAUGGCUAUGGUGUGUCUUACAUCAUUGUUGGUGAGAACCUCAUCAACUUCCACAUCUCCAGCAAGCACUCCAGCCCAGAAACUGACUCCCACCGUUUUGGAGGCAACAUCAGACAGGCCAUGUUGGACAUUCUGGCUCUCUUCCAACUGGAUAAGAAGUCCAACAAGUGAUUUCCCACCAAGUGAAUCAAAUCAGAAAGUUUUGUAAAUGCAGAUUAUCCAUGACACUUGUACAGAGAGAGGAAAAAUAAGAAAUUGCAGUAGGAUUUUAUUUCUAAUCGAUGUUGAAAGAAUUGUGGGAAAAUUUUUCUUUCACAUGUUUUGGGUUCUAUUUUGAUAGAUUAUUGAUUAUUUUGUGAUUGGUUUUGUGUGUGUGUAUAUGCGCGAGUGUGCGCUCGUGAACGUCAACACGGUUCUAGUGGACUGCUUGUGCAGGGAGCGUCUGUGUCCCUGCUGGCCUGUCUGCACGGUGCCUUACAGAGCCACUCAAGAACAUGAUCAGUAGGAAGAGGAGGGUUCUGCAGCGUAAAGACCCAGUCUGCAUCACCAGGAGUCGUCUGUACGUUUAUAGGAGGUUAAGUUGGUGCAAUAGUUCCGGUGGCCCCCUGUAGCUGGAUGCCCGUCCAGCGCUGGUGUUGAAGGUUUUGUCUCAUUGUUUUGGCUGUCCUCUCCUCGCGUAGGAUCACUCCUGUUGUUUAGGGAUCGGGAUAAAAGGCCUCCAUAGUUCAAUCUCAACAGCAAAUUCAGUUGAGGAACAAUUUCUCCUCCAUUGCCUUUCUGACAAUUGUAUGUAACACUUUUGUUUCUUCUUUGGUAGCUGCUAGCAUUGUGUGGCGUCAUCGGAUCACAUCUGUUCUGUUUUUGAUUCAUAAUUUUCAUGCUCAGGUUUUUAUUCACUUGGCCUAGUAUUCUCACCAAGCCCUGGUUGUAGCAGUGCACGACUAUUACCCACGUCCGCAUGUACAUUAAGCAGACCUAGUGUUCCGGCUCACGUUGCUCUUCUCUGUCCGGGGGCAGAAGGGUGGGGGGGCAGGCAUUUAUAGGGUAGAGUGAUGUUUUCCCACGUUGGGUCAAACACGGGCUGGUGGCUUUUUGUUCUCAUUUGCACACGGUGGGUGGUGAGUUCAGCAGAGGGUUCAUGUGCCCUGGGUUAGGCCCCUCACUAGCAGCGGCCCAUGAUCUCAGAGUGAACCCCCACUGUCACACCUUGCCCCCACCCUCCUCCCCCAGAUUCGGCGUUCAGCUGGCGUCACGCUUCGACCCGUCUCAGCCCAGCACGCGACCCGUGUUGGACCUGCGGUGUCUGAAAACACUUCUGGGACAGCGUUGUGGUGUUGUAGUAGUCGCCUGGGUUACCAUGUUGCCGUCUAGCAUCGUUGUUGUGCUGCGGUGAAGAUGUAAAUACAGAGGAACGACAGUCAAGAUGUACUUUGGGUACGGGUGGCAAUGCAAACCUAUUUCCUGUUCAUGUUUAUUUAUUUAUUAUCAAUGUUUGGCUUUUGAUUCUCCCACCCUGCAAGUCAUUUAGUCCGGAUUUAUUUACUGUCCAGUUAAGGAUGAGCACUAAGUUAAUGUUUGAUGUUUGCCGAAAUGACUAAGGACAAAAUGUUUUAUGAUUCCUUUUUAACAGAGCAGAGGUUUUGUUGAUGCAGACCUAGAAAAUGUGGUGUAGCUUAACAGCCUGCGUUCUGUAGACCUGGUUAUAAAACCUGCUGCAUGAUGUCACAGAUGGAGCUGUAAGUUGGUUUCAAACUUUGUGUCAAAAAUACGAGCAGCGGAUAUACCAAAACAAGUUUUAACACAAUAAAAGUGAAUGUAAACAACUAUCACCUGGUCAAUAUCUUUUGUAUUCAUGUGUGCAUGUGGGUGAAUUCUCUUUUUCCCAUGCCAUUCAAGCCCUUUGAAUCUUGAAAGAUAUGACAGGCAUUCCCCCAAAAAACUGUAACCCAAAACAAACUAUCUUUUAGAAAAAACAAUAAUACACUAUUAUUAACAAUAUUCACAAGCAGCGCAGAGGUGCCUGCUUUCUAUUGCAGAGGCUUCGACACACGUCAAAUCAGGGCAGGCAAUCUGAAAUGUUAUACAUGAAAGUUAUCCUUACAAUUUAUCAGUUUAAUUACUAUUA